CUGAAGCGAGACCAGCGUCCAGUCUUCAAGCAAAGCCAUAGAUAAGCUAUUAGCUUUGAACAUAACCAAUUCUUAAACCAGUAUCUAAAUACCAACGACCAAAAUCAAUCAUGCCUUCCUACACUCUCCACUACUUCAACCACCGUGGUCGUGCUGAGAUCUGCCGUAUGCUGUUCGCAGCUGCUGGUGUCCAGUACAAUGACCGCAGGAUUGAAUACUCAGAAUGGGACAACAUGAGAAACAAGAUGCCAUGCAACAUGAUGCCAAUGUUGGAAUUGGACAACAGGACCCAGAUUCCCCAGAGUAUGGCUAUGGCCAGAUAUUUGGCCAGAGAAUUCGGUUUCCAUGGCAGAAACAACAUGGAGAUGGCAAGAAUUGACUUCAUCUCAGAAUGUUUCUAUGACAUUUUAGAUGACUACAUGAGGAUGUACCAGGAUAGUAACUGCAGAAUGAUGUUCCAGAGAUCACGUGAUUUUGGAUGUUCUUCUGAGAAACGUAUGAGAUUUGAAGAGACCUGCCGCAGAAUUCUUCCAUACAUGGAAAGAACUUUGGAUAUGUACAAUGGUGGAAACCAAUACUUUAUGGGAGACCAGAUAUCCAUGGCAGAUAUGAUGUGCUAUUGCGCCCUUGAAAAUCCAAUGAUGGAAAACUCAUCUUUCCUGAGCAGCUAUCCUAAACUGAUGUCACUGAGAGAACGUGUGAUGAACCAUUCUAAGUUGUCCAGUUACUUGCAAAGGAGAUGUCAAACUGAUUUCUAAAGAUUUGCAAUACAAAGCAAUCGUUAUCAAUAACAGCAAUUGGAUUGAGAAUAUGAAACCAUAAACUUCAACCAUACCAAAAACACAAACAAGAAUAUAUAUAGUUUUACAGAAUAGUUUUACAAAAUUCGUUCAGUCUCUAGAAGAAAAAUAUAAACGUAAAAUGUAUGAAAGAAUAAUCACAUAAUUCUGAGAAUCUAUGUGAAAAUUUUGUCGACAGAAAUUAUCAUCACUGAUAUGUUAGAAUAGCGUUGACAAUUUGACCUGCUACAUCACUUUGACGAUUCAAUUAAUGGUGUAGCAUUGUGUCCGAAUAUUGAUGAUAUGUUUAAAAUAUGUAUGUAAGGAUUAGACGUUAGACUGAAAAAUGCUAUAUAAUAUAAAAAUGCUGUUUGAA